AUGCCUCGACGCAAGGCCUUCGAUAAGAAAACUGCGACCACGUUCGCUCUGGUGCAUCGCGCCCAGAACGAUCCUCUCAUCCACGACGAAAAUGCUCCCUCCAUGGUCUUCGCAGAGAAGCAGACACGACGACCGAACGAAGACGACUACGCUGGCUCUUCGGCUGGAUCUCAAUACUCAGGCGCCUCAUACAGAAGUCACAAAGUGAAGCAACGAGGCGACUUGGAAGACGAAUUCGGAUCAGCAGUCAGGCAGAACGAAGGCGAGGCGGCGCAACAUGGUGUCUUCUACGAUGACACACGAUACGAUUACAUGCAGCAUAUGAAAGAUCUGGGAACAGGGGAGGGUCCCGUCACGUGGGUGGAAGCGAAUGCACCGACACAGAAGGGAAAGGGCAAGCAGAAGUUGGAGGAUGUGUUGCGGGAUAUGGACUUGACUGAGACGAGGAGUGUGGGAAUGAGCAGUACGACGUCGAGCGUGGCGAGGAGUCUGUUGCCGGAGGAGGUGCUACCGAGCGAGUUCGUGCAGCGGAGGUCAUACCAAGAUCAGCAAGAUGUACCGGAUGAGAUCGCGGGUUUCCAGCCGGAUAUGGACCCCAGGCUGCGAGAGGUUUUGGAGGCGUUAGAGGACGAAGAGUACGUGGAUGAUGAAGAGGACAUUUUCGCCGAGUUGACCAAAGAUGGAUACGAGGUGGAGAAGGAUGAGUGGGAUCUGUACGGCGAGCAGCAACUGUUCGAGGAGGACGACGCAGGGUGGGAAAGCGACGACACCAUCAAAGCGCCAGGAUCACCUCCGCCUUCAAAUGUCUCAUUAGCAGAUCUCAAUUUGCCAGAGGGAGAGGAUGCGAAACCGCCAGAGGACGUGCAAGCACAGCCUCCUGCGGACCCUACAGCAGGUGCAUGGUUGGAAGAGUUUGAGAAAUUCAAGGCCGCCGACAAAGCCGGCCAUGCCAAACCUGCGAAGCUAAACCCUCUGGCGCCCUCAACCCUGGAAUCUUCUGUACUCUCUUCUCUCGCCAGUGGCCGUCGCAAGAAGCGCAAGGGAGCUAAGACCUCGACGACCAACUACUCCAUGACCUCCUCCGCCCUAGCCAGAACCGGCCAGCUGACACUACUCGACGACCGCUUCGACAAGUUCGAGAACGCAUACUCCAUGGCCGAGUUCCCAGAGGAGGAAGAAGACGACUUUCUGGCUGACAACGCCUCGGCGAUGUCGGGCAUGACCGCACCGCAGCUGACGCGAAGCGACUUCGACGGUAUUAUGGACGACUUCCUGGGAAGCCAUAGCAAGACUGGCAAGCUUGGUCGGAGAGUCAAGCGUGGUGGGCCACAGUCCGGAAUGGAGCAGCUGGAUGAGAUUCGAUCGCAGCUUGGUCCGGCGAGGAUGAAGACUGGCGCGAAGAGCGCUGCAGCCAAGUAG